AUGCCUCGCGUUGCUCAGGUUCCCCGAUCGGGGAGUGUUAGGGCAAACACAGGCUCCGGUACAGCAUCUUCAUACAUUACGCACUCACCGAUUAAAAUCCCACUCAACGACGAUGUGUCAGAAAAAGGUCAACGUAUGAGCUCUAGGAGGGCUCUUCACGAGAGACAAUUCAACGAAAUCAAGAAAGCCGCAACCCCUCGUAAGGGCAGCGUCCGCCUCGAAGACAUGGAAAACGACCCGCAAACUCCCCGCGCUGGCCGCGCCAGCAACAUCGAAGAUGACGAAGGAUUUGUGGUUGGCGGCUCUGCAGUCACGCCUAUGAAGCGAGUCCCUCUUCUAGCCAACUUCGAGGAAUGGAUGAAGAUGGCCACCGAUAAUAAGAUCAAUGCAACCAACUCAUGGAACUUCGCCCUGAUCGACUAUUUUCACGACAUGUCACUCCUCAAGGAGGGCGACGGUGUCAAUUUUCAGAAGGCUAGCUGUACCCUAGAUGGGUGCGUCAAGAUCUAUACCAACCGAGUCGACAGUGUCGCAACCGAGACAGGCAAGCUUCUGAGUGGACUUGCCGAUAGCAACAAUGCCAAGAAGAAGGACAAGGACGGUGAAGAUGCCGACGAGAGCGACGAAGAAGAGUUAGAUGAGGAUGGAAAUGUUAAGAAGAAACCCAAAAAGAAGACCCAGCGUUCGUCAGAAGCGACGCUUGCACCUUCGUUCAAUUCACUUCAAUUGAAAAAGUUCGAGUUAGAAUUCGCUGUUGACCCUCUGUUCAAGAAAGCUUCUGCCGAUUUCGAUGAGGGUGGCGCCAAGGGACUCCUUCUGAACCACCUUAUGAUUGAUUCACAAGGACGUAUUGUAUUCGACAGCAGCGACGACACUGGUGACGCCACCACUCUUGGGAAGAAAAAGACUGAUGAAGAGGGCGAAGAAGAAGAGGACGAUGUCGAGGAAGAGGACGCAGAAGACGACCAGCUGGAAGAAGAGGAGGAAGCUGAUGAUGUUGAAAUUGACCUGGGUGCUCUUGGUGCCAAGUUCAUUCCCGACUUGUAUCGACUUGAUGAGCUCGACGUCUGCCCAUCUCUGAAAAUGUUUGACCUCGGUGACCCUUCCGGUUCCAUGGAUAUUCCUUUCUUGAAGGCGCCCGAGGACUGGAGGCAAGACCAAGACAAGGAGAAGACACCGGGGGCAUUGGGUGAUAUUUCUGGUCUUGUUAUCGAUGGCGAUGCACCGGCAGGAUUCGAUGAUGACGACCUUGGCCUCGGAACUUUUGAUGCUGUCGAAGACGUUGCUUUUGGUGAAGGUGGCGAGGCUUGGGCCCGAGAAGCCGCUCUUGAGCCACAGAUGCGAGUAUACGAUGCUGGCUUUGGCGAGGAGGGUGGUGAUGGAGACGAAAUUGAUGGCAACGGGGAGUACGUUGUUUCCAUGAGCAGCGCUCAACAAGCAGAUAAAAUGCACGAAGAUAUUCUCGGCUUUUUCGACCAGGCCUUGCAGAAGAAUUGGACAAGCGCAGAGCACUGGAGAAUCAGAAAAAUCAAGGAUGUCAACAAGCCUACAACGGAAACAAAAAAACGCAAAGAAAAAGAGCCAUUCGAAAUCGACUUCAACGCUCCUCUUGAUUCGCACACAUCAGAUCUCAUCUACACGCAGGCUACAAACAACACGGCCAUCAGCAUGCCCAAAAAGGAUUGGAAGUCAAAGUCACGCAAUCUUCUCCCCGAUGACAAGCAUUUCAACUCCAAAUCUUUGCUGAACCUUUUCCUCAAGCCAAAGGCACGAAUGAGCAAACGACGCACAGGAUUCAACUCUAGGGCAGGAGGUGGCUUCGGCAAUAUUGGUACAGAUAACCAACCUGAGGGAGAAAUGGACGAAGCGUUCUGGGCAAAGCAGAAGGCGCCGCAGAACACUGAUGAGACUGCACUGCCUGAGGGUGACUACGAUGCCAACUUCUUCCAAGACGAUGGCAUGCCCUUCCCUGGUGGCGGCGACUUGGAUGACGAUGACGACCUGGAGUUUGCUGAUGCACGGGAGCAUUUCUCCCCGGGUGUCGACGGCCAAGGCGGGCUGACAGAAGGCGGUGGUCUUACAGAUCUUCUCAAUGGCGAGACAGUCACGAAUACUGGAGCCUUCGGAACGACUUUGGUUACCCAGACCAGGCGUGUACGACCGGAGUAUGUGCAGUACGCCAGAGUGGCCAAGAAGGUAGAUGUACGAAGACUUAAGGAAGAACUGUGGAAGGGCAUGGACAAUGAUAUUCUCGGGAAACAACCCGAAGCUGCAGCAUCGCCUGACAACCUCAAACAGGAAGAUGAACCGCUUAAAUUCACAGAAGUCAUGAACAACUUGCAAACUGUGUAUCCCAAGCCGGUUAUGGAUGAUAUUUCAACAUCAUUCUGUUUCAUUUGUCUUCUUCAUCUAGCCAACGAGAAAGGCCUCGUGAUUGAAAACACGCCUGGCUUGUCGGAGCUGGAGAUCCGUAGGGAUUGGACAGCAGAGAUUACCGAGGGCGAAUAG